AUGCCUUCACGUGUUGGUGACUACGAGGUUCUGCACACCAUUGGCUCUGGUUCUUUCGGAAGAUGUCAGAAAAUAAGGCGGAAAUCGGACGGCAAAGUUCUGGUGUGGAAGGAGCUGCAUUAUGGCACGAUGGCAGAGAGCGAGAAGCAGAUGCUGGUGUCUGAGGUGAACCUCCUAAGGGAGCUCCGGCAUCCCAACAUAGUGAGAUACUACGACCGCAUCAUCGACCGCACUAAGACGACCCUGUACAUCGUCAUGGAGUAUUGCGAGGGUGGCGACCUGGCCAGCCUUAUAGCUCGAGCCAUAAAGGAAAGACGCUAUUUGGAUGAAAACUUCAUCCUUCGCGUCACCGCACAGCUCAUGUUGGCGCUGAAAGAGUGCCACAGGCGAAGCGACGGCAGACCCACCGUCCUUCAUCGGGACUUGAAACCGGCCAACAUUUUCCUGGAUGCCAAGCAGAACGUGAAACUGGGAGACUUCGGCCUAGCUCGGAUCCUCAACCAUGACACAAGCUUUGCCAAGACAUUUGUUGGAACGCCGUACUAUAUGUCCCCUGAGCAAAUGAACCAGAUGUCAUACAAUGAAAAGUCAGAUAUCUGGUCACUAGGCUGUUUGCUGUACGAACUGUGUGCCCUAUCGCCCCCCUUUACUGCCUACAACCAGAAAGAAUUGGCCAUCAAAAUCCGAGAGGGCAAGUUCAACAGAAUCCCGCAUCGCUACUCAGAAGAGCUAAAUAUCCUGCUGAGGAAAAUGCUCAACUUGAAGGACUAUAUGAGGCCAUCUGUGGAAUCCAUCCUCCAGAGCAGCCUUUUAGCCAAAGCAGUCCUUGAAGAGACUAAGAAGGUGCAGCAGCUUCGGAGGCGGUCAGCAGACUCUGACGUUGCUCCCGAAAAGCCCACAGACAUAUCACCUUCUGUCGCAGAGCUCAUGCUACGAGAGCAGGCCCUCAAAGAGCGGGAAAAGGCACUAAGAGAACGUGAGGCGAUGCUGGAGCAACGGGAACAUGAGAUUUGUGUUCGUGAACGCCUGGCAGCUGAGAAACUAUUGAGAGUGGAGAAUUUAAUGAAGAACUUGCAUGUGGACCACCAGAAGAACCAGACCCCAUUCUAUGAUAAAGAACUAGGUGUCUGGCAGAGCACAAAGCGGGUCCAUUUCGUCGGUGCCAACAAGGAGAACCAUCGUCUAGAUCACUCUGGAACAGUGACGCCGCGAGACGAUGUCAUGUGUCAAUGCACUCAAAUCAUGAGUGAUGUAGAGAAAGCAUGUCAGAUCCUUGGCUACCGCAUCUGA